UUGGUAUCACUGGUUGGUAAAAAAGGUGACGUGUGCCGGCCCAAAAUGAAAUUAUCAAUUUUCCUACUUUUCGCUGCAUUUUCUUGCGUAAAAUCUCAAGGGAGUACUUUAGUCCUACUAGACAACCAAGUAAUUCGUGAAACACACUCAAUUUUUUUCAAGUCUUUGCAAGAAAGGGGCUAUAAUUUAAGUUUCAAAAUCGCCGAUGAUGCCUCUCUAGUACUAUCAAAAUACGGCGAGUACCUUUACGAAAAUUUGAUAAUUUUUGCACCGGCAGUUGAAGAGUUUGGGGGCACCCUCAAUGUUGAAACCAUCACGCAGUUUAUUGAUGACGGUGGCAAUGUUUUAGUAGCUGGCAAUAGUGGAACUGGGGAUGUUUUACGCGAAUUAGCUUCCGAAUGUGGAUUUGAAGUGGAUGAAGAAGGGGCUUACGUUAUUGACCAUUUAAAUUACGACGUAAAUGAUGAAGGUCAACACACGCGUCUCGCUAUUUCGCCCGAAAAUCUGAUUGAUUCCCCUAUCAUAGUUGGGUCCAAAAAAGACGCCAAACCAUUGCUUUAUCAAGGAACCGGUAUUUUGGCCGACCCUGAUAACCCCCUCGUUCUCCCAUUACUGACAGCUGAUAGUACCGCUUAUAGUUACGUACCUGACCAGCCAAUUAAAGAGUACCCUCACGCCGUUGGAAAAGACACCGUUUUGAUUGCUGGAUUGCAGGCACGUAACAACGCCCGAGUCGUCUUCAGCGGUUCGCUUUCAUUCUUCUCCGAUGAAUUUUUUACAUCACCAGUUGAAAAAUCAAGAGGUGGACUUAAAUCCGAUGUCGCGGGUAACAAGGAAGUGGCAAUCGCCAUCAGUCAGUGGGUCUUCAAGGAACAUGGCCAGCUACGCGUGCGCUCUGUCAAACACAACAAAGUCGGUGAAACUAAACCACCAUCCGCGUAUACCAUCAUGGACGAUGUCGUAUAUAAAAUCGAAAUUGAUAUUAAAAAAAAUGGCCAAUGGGAACAAUUCAACGCCGAUGAUAUCCAAUUAGAAUUCGUCCGAAUCGACCCAUUCGUCCGCAUAAACUUGCAGAAAAAGGGCAAAGAAUAUGAAGCACGAUUUAAAAUACCAGACGUGUAUGGAGUUUACCAAUUCAAAGUCGAUUAUGACCGAGUCGGGUAUACUCGCAUUUACAACACAACUCAAGUUUCCGUACGACCACUCCAACACACUCAAUAUGAAAGAUUCAUUUCUUGUGCUUAUCCCUACUAUGCCGGCGCAUUUUCAAUGAUGGCCGGUGUUUUCUUAUUUUCAAUUGUUUUCUUACACAUAAAAGAUGAUGACGUUAAGAAAUCCAAAGGUGAUUAAAUGUGUCUUUUUACUUAAAUAAAAUUAUAAUACAAUUAA